CCUAUGAUGAAGGGGACAUCUUUUUUGGGUGUUAGUUCUCCGCCUCUGGUCUCGGCAGGAAUGCUAACCCGGAGCCUAGCCUCCCUCCAUGGAAGGAGCUCCUUCUCCCCCAGGAGGGAGGCCCUGGGGGCUCCAGACUGGGGGGACUGAUGCCUCCGCUGAACCCUGAGGGCAGGCCUGCUGCGGCGGGCACUGCAGCAAAGGUGUGGAGGGGGUCGGGGGGGGCAACAGCCACGCCUUUGUUUCAGGCCUUCCUGACCAAGAUCUGGUGGGGGGACAUGGCCUCGGGCACCCCCAUCCUGCGGCUGCUGUGCGCCUUCUUCUGCCCGGCCCUCAUCUACACCAACCUCAUCACCUUUAGCGAGGAGGCCCCCCUAAGGACAGGCCCAGAGGACCUGCAGGAGCUGGACAGUCUGGACACAGAGAAGAGCCUGCUCUGCGGCCUGGGCAGCGGGUGAGAGCCUGCGGAGGGGCAAUGGUGGGCAUGGGCGAGUUCGGGACCCCGGGUGCCCGU